AGAGAUAGUAAUAAAAACCAUUGCAAUGGAGUUAGAGGGUGCGGCAGCAAGUGAAGACCCAGUGGAGGAGAAGUGGAUCGGGAGGAUGUCUGAGCAGCAAAGUGCCCCGGAGCAGCUGGCAUCUGGAAAGAGCCAGGGUGGAACUGGAGCCACAUAUAAGGUGAUGGUGUUUGAGUUUGAGAACUUCCAAGGCUGCAAGGCAGAGUUUUCUUCAGAGUGUAAAGAUGUGACAGAGAAGAGAUUGGAGAAGAUUGGAUCUGUGAUAGUGGAGUCCGGACCCUGGGUGGGCUAUGAUCGACAUGGGUUCACGGGGGAGCAGUUUAUUCUGGAGAAGGGAGAGUAUCCACGCUGGGACACCUGGAGCAACAAUCAGAGAAGCUACUCCCUCUUGUCUCUAAGACCUCUCAAAGUGGACAGUGCUGAACACAAGUUACACCUGUUUGAGAGUCCUGGAUUCACUGGUAAAAGCAUCGAGAUUAUGGAUGAUGAUGUUCCCUCUUUGUGGGGCCAUGGUUUUCAGGAUCGUGUUGCAAGUAUCAAGGCUCUAAACGGAACAUGGGUGGGCUACCUGUACCCUGGCUACAGGGGGCGCCAGUUUAUCUUCGAACGAGGAGACUUCAAGCACUGGAACGACUGGGAGGCCCCUACACCUCAGAUCCAGUCUGUGCGCCGUGUGCGCGACAUGCAGUGGCACAAGAAGGGCUGUUUCACCACUCCUGACCCUGCUCCUGCUCCUACCCCCAACCCAGGACCGGGACCGGGACCAGGACCAGGACCAGACCCUGACCCUGCCCCAGCACCUCCUGCUCCACCUGCCACAGCUGGAGCCAGUUGAGCAGGAUCCUCACACAGUCUCCCCCAAACACUGCCGACAGUGUCUGCCCUCUCUCAGCCUCCACCUAACCAUGGCAAACGCAGCGUGUGCCCCGUGAGGAGUGCCAUGUUUGUUUCAGUGGCGAAUAAAAGUUGUUUGAUCUAGAGUUGGCUCUGUUUGUUGGUGAUGUUAUAACUGUAAGUCAAGCUGGAAAUGGUUUUAACUGAAAGAUUAAAGAGAGAUGAAAAAAACUGACAUCUUUGUGGAAAUUAUGUAAAUUUGGCAAAGAUUUUUUUUUCCUGAAAAUGAACUGCAGAUGUGCUUUGAUUAGACUCUGUUUUCAGGUCACCUGUGCUGCUUUUACCAUUUGUGUUUCCCCAUUUUAAUUAGACAGCUAAAAUGCCUCAUCCAGCUUUAGCAGAACAUGAGUUACUCAUUAAAACUGUGG